CCCCUCUCUCCAGCACAAAGCACGGCUCUCCUCUUUUCCCCCUCUCCCUCUCUCGUGACUCCCUCUCCUUCUCUCCUCUUCCCUCUUUCCUUUCCUGACCCUUCAGCCCGAUGGUACUGAUCGCCCUCUUCCCCCAAAUUGGCCGCAAAAAGCCGCCCUUUCUGGUUCAGCAUUGAGCUCGUCUCGCGUGUGGCCUCCUUCUUGCUCUCGCGCUCCCAAUGGGGCUUCCCAUGCUCCUCUCGCUGGUAUUCUUCGUCGCCAUGACGGGAGUGGUGAGGGCGGAGCCGACGCAGGACAAGGCGGUGCUUCUGGCCUUCAUCUCCCGGGUCCCCCACGAGCCGCGCGUCCAGUGGAACGCCAACGCUUCCGCCUGCGGCUGGGUCGGCGUCACCUGCGACUCCGGCAACACCUCCGUGGUGGCUCUCCGCCUCCCAGGCGUCGGCCUGGUGGGCCCCAUCCCCGCCGGCACCCUCGGACGCCUCACCUCUCUCCGCGUCCUCUCCCUCCGCGCCAACCGCCUCUCUGGCCCCAUCCCCGACGAUCUAAGCAACCUCACCCAUCUCCGGAGCCUCUACCUUCAGGACAAUCAGUUCUCCAGCGGGAUCCCGCCGGCCGUGUCCAGGCUGGGCCGCCUCAGCCGCCUCGACCUCUCCGGCAACAACCUAACCGGCGAGAUCCCGUUUUCCAUCAACAACCUCACCCACCUCACCGGUCUCUUGCUCGAGCGCAACCGCCUCUCCGGGAGCCUCCCCAGCAUCAGCAUCGACUCCCUCGUCGACUUCAACGUGUCGAACAACAACCUCAAUGGAUCCAUCCCCCCGACCCUCGAUCGUUUCCCGGAGUCCUCCUUCGCCGGAAACCUAAACCUCUGCGGCGCCCCCCUCCCGCCGUGUUCCCCAUUCUUCCCCUCCCCUGCCCCAUCUCCCGCAGAAAACCCGGCAGGGGGAUCGAAAUCGUCCAAGAAGCUGUCCAAGGCGGCGAUCAUCGCGAUAGCGGUGGCCGGUGGCGCGUUGCUGCUGGUAGCGCUUCUGUUGUUGCUGAUCUGCUGGAUGUUCCGGCGGAGGGAGCGGCAACGGAGGGAGAAGGCGAAGAAGGGGGUCGGCGCGGCGGCAGCAGGGAGGUCUGGGGAGACGGUGAUCACGUCGUCGUCCAAGGAGGAGAUGGGGGGAGCGGGAGGGGCGGCGGAGGGGGAGAGGAACCGGCUGGUGUUCGUGGGGAAGGGCGGCGUUUACAGCUUCGACCUGGAAGAUUUGCUGCGGGCGUCCGCAGAGGUGCUGGGGAAGGGGAGCGUGGGGACGUCGUACAAAGCGGUGCUGGAAGAGGGUACCACGGUGGUGGUGAAGCGGCUCAAGGACGUGGUGGCCAUGAAGCGGGAGUUCGAGCUCCACAUGGAAACCCUGGGCAAGGUGGACCACCCCAAUUUAUUACCGCUUCGAGCCUACUAUUAUUCCAAGGACGAGAAGCUCCUCGUCCUCGACUACCUUCCCGGCGGCAGCCUCUCCUCCCUCCUUCACGGGAGCCGGGGAUCGGGGCGAACUCCUUUGGACUGGGACAGCCGGAUUCGAGUGGCCUUGGCGGCCGGACGCGGGCUGGCCCACCUGCACACGGCGGCGCGGCUGGUCCAUGGCAACGUCAAGGCCUCGAAUGUGCUCCUCCGGCAGGACCUGGAGUCGGCGACCCUUUCCGACUACGGCCUCCACCCGCUGUUCGGCUCCUCUGCCGCGCCCAACCGCGUCCCCGGUUACCGCGCCCCCGAGGUUGUGCAGACCCGCCGUCCCACCUUCGAGUCGGACGUGUACAGCUUCGGCGUGCUGUUGCUGGAAUUGUUGACGGGGAAGGCGCCGAACCAGGCGGCGCUCGGGGAGGAUGGGAUCGAUCUGCCGGUGUGGGUGCGGUCGGUGGUGAGGGAGGAGUGGACGGCGGAGGUGUUCGACGUGGAGCUGAUGCGUUACCCUAACAUCGAGGAGGAGAUGGUGCAGCUGCUCCAGAUCGCCAUGGCCUGCGUCGCCGACGUCCCCGACGCCCGCCCCGUCAUGCCCGAGGUCAACCGCAUGAUGGAGGAACUCCUCAACCGAACGGAGGGAGACGACGCCCUCCGCGGAUCCUCCGACGACCGCUCCAAGGGUCCUUCCACCCCGCCCAUCGCCACCACCCCAUGAUUAGUUAUUCGGAUCUCUUGAUUCAUUCCACGAUGGGAUGGCAACCAAUCCUUCUCUCCCUCGCACAGGGACGUCGACAGCAACAUACAGAAGAUAGAAAAAUUGUGCAUUUUCUGUGCUCUCGCUCGCUGUGUGUGUGUGUACAAAAAUUAUUAUUUUUUCAAAACCUGCUGGUGGUUUCUUUCUAGCUGCUAGUCCAAUUUAAUUUGUUUUUUUAAGGUGAGAAAGUCCACUUUAAUUUGUUGCGGGGUGCCGAUGAAUGGGAAUCGAUUCGAUGGCUUGUGGGAGACAGAACUGGCAAAUGUCAGGUUGAAAAGCUUCUAGUUGGAUUAUUUAAUCUCGAUUCAUUUUAUUUCCUUC